CUUUUAUUAAUAAGAUUAUACCUUUCAUUUUGUCUUGUUUUGUAUUUUUAAUGUACGGUUUGUGCGAUUUGUCAAACUGUGAGGGAAACCGCUGGAUACUCUGGGGCUGAUUUAGAAGCUCUAGUGAGGAAUGCGCUAACUCGAGCAUUUCUUCGCGACCCUGAAAACUUGAGAUUUACAAUGGAAGAUUUUCAAUUUGCACUGUCAGACACAAAACCUUCUAAUCAAUUGAAGCCAAUGAGGGAAAAUGAGAAGAUAGACUUACCUGAGCAUAGGAAUUCUUAUCGAACUCUAGAGCGAUUGGUUAAAUAUUUGCAAUGCAACAUAUGUCGCUCUAUUAACAUUCUUUUAGAAGGCUCACGUGGCACCGGUAAAAGUUUCAUGGCAGCUAGUAUUGGAUUAACUAACAAGUUUGAUCAUGUUGAAAUUAUCACUCCAAAUGAUUUUAUAAACUUGUCAGAAUUGCAAAAACGUGACAUGAUUUUGAAGAGUUGGAGCCGCGCUCAGAGUUACCCUCUAAGUUUGAUCAUAAUUGAUGACAUAGAAAGGUUUGUGGAUAACAAUUCCCAAGGUGUAUCGAAUGCCUUGAAAACUUGUCUGAAAAUGGAGAUACCAGAGGAUCACAAACAUAUGGUUAUUGCAACUACAAGUGAUUUGGACCUUCUAAAGUCUGUAAAGCUUGAAGAGGAAUUUCAGAAAACAUUAAAUGUUCCAAAAUUGACAUCAGAAGGCGCUGAAAAGGUUAUGGGUCAAUUGUUUUCUAUUCCUUUUGAAGAGUGCAUCAAACUGGCAAUCGACUUUGCACCGGUAUCAAUUAAGGAUUUGAUUACGAUACUUGAAUUGGCAACCAAAGUCACAAAGCAAGAUGGAACAAGUACUAGUAGAAGUGUUACAGACAUCGAUAUUGCUUACACAAUGGGCAAGCUGAAGCUAAAAGUGGCAUAAUACUCCAUUGGAGCCUAGACUCUUAUAUAGCAGGUUGGAUUGUUUAAGUGACUGCAGUAUAUAAGGGAAAUCAUGUCUAGCAUGGGACAAAACCCGUGGUUUUAAUAUUUUGGAAUUUAUCCUGUUUGGGUUUGCUCUUGGUUUAUGUUUUUCAUACUGAUGAAUCCUUGUAUGGGGAUAUCUUUGAUUGAGUUUAUUAAUAAUAAAUUUAUGGGUACUCU